AUGGCCAGCGGGAGCCAGGACCGGAGCCUGCGGGAGGAGCUGACAUGUGCCAUCUGCUGCGAGCUCUUCAGCGAGCCCGUCAUGCUGGACUGCAUGCACCACUUCUGCAAGGCCUGCAUUCAGGGCUACUGGGAGAGCUGUGCCCGCGUCCCCUCCUGCCCCCAGUGCCGCCGCGAGUUCCCCAGCCGGGCUUUCCGCACCCACUACCUGCUGUCGGGGCUGGUGGAGAAGGUGCGGCGCUGCGGUUCCGCGGAGCACCGGCACAAGAUGCAGAAGCACCUGGAAGAUGCUUUGCAAGCCCGUCAGAAGGAGGUGGAGAACUUCUUGCGGAAGAAGCGUGCGACGCAGGAGGAUAUCUGUGGCCUGACAAAGGUGUCUGGGGAGCUGAACUUCAAGAUCCGUGCAGAGUUUGCCCGCCUUCAUCAGAUCCUAGAGGAAGAAGAGAGAGCUGUGCUGGCAGAGCUGGGCGAAAAGGAAGAGCAGUCGCUGGCACGGCUGCACGGGGACGUCCACCGGCUGGAGGAGGGGAUGUCGGUGCUGCAGAGGGACAUAGAGCGCAUAGAGCAGAUCCUGAGCAAGAUGGAAGAGGUGUCGUUGCUGGAGGUGGAGAGCCUGGAUAUCAGGCCCUCGGUGCGCGUUGAGACCCAGCCUGCCUUCAACCUGGAGCACUACAGGGACAGCCGCAGCGGCCCCUUGCAGUACAUCUUCUGGAGACAGAUGCUGCGGUCCAUCUGCCCCGCUCCUGCCCCGCUCACCUUCGACCCCGAAUCAGCCCACCCCAACCUGGUCUUCUCCAGAGACCUGACAGCAGUGACAGAGAGGAAUCGAGCCCAGGUGGAGUACUGGGCCACCGCCACCCCCUGGGUGCGCCUGACUCCCCGCCGGCCCCUCCGGAAAGUGGGGGUCUUCCUGGACUGCCAGGAGGGCACCGUCACCUUCUUCGAUGCCGGGGACAUGUCCCACCUCUUCACCUUCCACCAGGUCUCUGCGGAGAGAUACUGCCCCUUCUUCAGCACCUGUUUCAGCGACGGGAGGGACAACGUGGAGCCCAUGCGCCUCUGCCACCUGGCCCUGUGAGGGACAGUGGGGAGCAAGGUGCUUUGGGGACGCCAGCCUGGCUCCUUGUCUUUCCCCGCAGUGCUGCCAGCGGGCUGCCUGGGGCCAUGCUGGAGGCUGAUCUUGCACACACGGACCUGGUGGGUGUUGGAGGGACUGUUUUGGUUUCCAUUUUGGGAGAGAGAAGGGGCAUGCAUCUCUUCCCAGCUCCCUCCUGCCCUCCCUUCUCUGUGCUGUGGUCUGCAGGUGCCCCACUGUAUCCCCGGAGGUGCCUGGCACCCCUUGAAGAACAACCUUCCAUGCCUGAGCAUUGCAUUGUUCAGUAACCGCAGCCGCAGGGCUGCAGUGGAGGUGGUCGCAGGCUGCUUGUACCUCCUGUCCCUCCAUGCUCCCACCCACAAACCCUGUGGAGGAGGGCAGCAGUCCCAGAGCACCAUCAGGUGCAUCUUGA